AUUACAAAUGUUUUCCAAAAACACAACAAACUUGUUGAUUUUGAUCUCACGAAACCAAUACUGUUCCCUGUUUAACGGAUAACCACAUGUUAGAUUAGAAAAGUAUCAACCAAAACAAUAAAUGCUGACAUAGUGACGUGUGAAAAUAUUUCUUCACAAACAGUUUGUCCAAAAUGGUCUUGGUGUUAAUUUUACUUUCGUUAGUCACAAUUAUCUCUGUUUUGUUGUAUUUGAAAUUUUCUCGAAUCCUAUAUCUGGCAAAAGCAUUUAAGGGUCCUCCAAGUUUACCACUUUUCGGUCAUGGUCUUCAUUUUAUUGGAAGACAAUCUCAUGAGUAUCUUCUUAAUUUGACAAAUUAUCUUCAAACCUACGGCAACACUGUCAAAGUAUGGAUUGGUCCUGAAUUGAAUAUUCUUACAAUUGAUAUUAAGUUCAUUGAAGCUGUUUUGGGAACAACGGAACUCAUUGACAAGUCUUCAAUGUACAAGACUAUGGUACCUUGGUUGAAUGAAGGUUUGCUUGUUAGUGGAGGUACAAAGUGGUUCAAACGGAGAAGGAUUAUCACCCCUGCAUUUCACUUCAAGAUAUUGGAACAAUUUAUUGAAAUUUUUGAUCAGGAGAGCAUCAAAAUGGUGGAAAAGUUGAGAACACAAAUCGAUAAGGAUUCGUUUGAUUUGUAUUUCUAUGUUAACACCUGCACCUUGGAUGUUAUAUGUGGUAAAUAUUAACCUAAGAAUUAUUGAAAAGACUCAAUUUUUAGGUGUGGAUGUUAAAUUUCGGCAAAUUGUUUGAAUUUUUCACUACGUUCUGUAAAAAUAGUAUAAACACUUUGUUUUAAAUCGAAUACCUAUAAUUUUAAUAUCAUGUAGUUGAAAGGUGCUUCAUGUUUCAAAGAUCUACCAGUGAGCGAU